AUGGGCCUCUUGAGCCUCUUCUCCACCGCGGCAGCCUGGGUCUUCGUGGCCUUGACGCUGUUGGUGCCGCCAGCGCUCAUCGUCCUCGUGCUCGGCUUGAUCCUCCCGCGUCAAGCACCCCCACAGCGCGCCCAAGGCAAGCGCGGCAGAGUUGCGUUCGUGCACCCGGACCUGGGGAUAGGUGGCGCCGAGCGCUUGGUUGUGGAUGCUGCCGUGGCCUUGCAGAAUGCUGGCCACGAGGUGACCAUCUUCACAGCCAGGCAUGAGACCGGCCACUGCUUCGAGGAGACGAGGAAUGGUACUCUUCGAGUGCAGGUAAAGGGCAACUUCCUCCCGAGGAGAGUUCUGGGGCGCUUCUAUGCGGCGUGUGCCUACCUUCGUAUGUGUUGGGUGUCGGGAGUCAUCGUCCUGCUGUCCCUUCGCGUCCCGUUCCACGUAAUCAUCGUGGAUCAGGUUUCAAUAUGCCUGCCAAUUCUGCGGCUGGCCAGACCACGCGCCAUCCUUUUCUACUGUCACUAUCCAGAUUACCUUCUGACCACGAAAAGCUCUGUCCUGAAGUCUCUCUACCGAGCACCACUGGACUUUCUGGAGGAGGUCACCACAGGCUUGGCGGACCAGAUCUUUGUCAACUCGCGCUUCACUGCCGGGGUCUUCGCCGGCGCUUUCCCACUACUGUCGCGGGUUGGCGUCAUCCCGGAUGUGCUCUACCCACCGCUGGACCUGCAGAGCCAGGAUGAUGCCGCCAGCAAGGCUGCCGACACCCUGGAUGUUCUUGCAGAUGGGGAGCAGCUGCUCCUGUCCAUCAAUCGUUUUGAGCGGAAGAAGAACGUGGGCCUGGCCAUCAGGACCCUGGCCCGGCUGCCGGAAGGCACGCGGCGGAAGACACGCCUCGUCCUCGCCGGGGGCUACGACGACCGCCUUCCCGAGAACGUAGAGCACGCCUCGGAGUUGGAGGACUUGGCGACGAGCCUUGGGGUUGCAGAUCGAGUUGUGCAGAAGAGGUCUGUCUCCCUGGUAGAGAAGGCAACGCUUCUGCGGCAUGCAGCCUGCCUCCUCUACACCCCCGACCGAGAGCAUUUCGGAAUCGUGCCCGUCGAGGCCAUGUAUGCCCAGGUGCCCGUGGUCGCGGUGAAUACAGGCGGCCCCCUGGAGUCCAUCGUCGAUGGUGAGACGGGCUUCCUGCGACCGCAGGAUCCCGAGGCAUGGGCCGAAGCGGUCGAGCGGCUGCUGGAGGACCCCGCGCUCCGAAAGCGAUUUGGAGAGGCGGGACGCGAGCGAGCGAGCAGCUGCUUCUCCCUGCAGGCGUUUGGGAAAACCUUGGAUGCAGCCGUGCGCAAGAACGAGGAGGGCCUGUCGAGCAAAGAUCGCUGA